AUGGUUGAAGCGAUGGAAAUUGUAACAACAAAAUGUGAAAUUAAUUUAGCAGAUGAGGAUUUUUCUUUUGAAACAGAACUUCUUAAUAAUCCAUAUAAUAUAAGUAUAUGGAUAAAAUAUAUUAAUUAUAAACAGAAAAGAAUCAGAGAUAGUGCUUCUGUAAAACAACUUAUUUUGUUAUAUGAAAGAGCUGUAAAUAUUUUUAGUUAUAAUUUUAAAUUAUGGUAUCAAUAUAUUUGUUUCCGAAAAGGUUUUCUUAUAAAUAAAUGUCCUACAAGCUCAGAAUGGGAUUCUUUAAUUGAUGUUUUUGAGCGUUGUCUAUGUUUUUUAUAUAAAAUGCCAAGAAUCUGGAUUGAUUAUUGUCUUUUUUGUACUAUUCGUGGAAAUAUAACACAUACAAGAAAAGUUUUUGAUAGAGCAUUACAAUCAUUACCAAUAAAACAACAUCGUUUAAUUUGGCCAUAUUAUGUUAAGUUUAUUCAAAUGCAUAAUAUUCCAGAAACAGCAAUAAUAGUAUUUAAGAGACUAGAAAGAAUGGAUGAUGCUGCAAAAGAAAUAAAAACAUUAAUAGAUCAAAAUGAAGAUAUAUCAAAGAAAGGAAAAACAAAUUUUGAAUUAUGGAAAGAUUUAUGUAAAAUAAUUUCUAAUAAUCCAAAUAAAAUUCAUUCUUUAAAUGUUGAAGCUAUAUUUAGACAAGGUAUUCAAAAAUAUUCAGAUCAGGUUGCUUUACUUUGGUGUUCACUUGCCAAUUACUAUAUAAGAAUGCCAAAUUUUGAAAAAGCACGAGAUAUUUUUGAGGAAGCUUUAAAUACUGUGACUACUGUACGUGAUUUUACACAAAUAUUUGAUGCAUAUGCAAAAGUUUUAGAAGUAAAUGCCUCUCGAAAAGUCAAUCAACUAAAAAAUACUAAAAAUCUUUCAAAACAAGAUGAUCUUCAGUUAGAAAUAGAAUUAUUUAUUGCAAGAUUUGAACAUUUACAAAGUCGUAGAGAUUUAUUACUUAAUAGUGUUCUUCUCCGUCAAAAUCCAAAUAAUGCCACAGAAUGGCUUAAUCGUACUAAACUUUAUGAGGGUAAUGACGUUAAGAUAAUUGAGACAUUUAAAAAAGCUGUUGAUAUUAUAAAUCCUAAAUCUCAUACGGGAAAUUUAUCUGAUAUAUGGAUUGCAUAUGGUGAAUUUUAUAUAAAGAAAAAACAAUUUAAAACAGCAAUUGAUAUAUUUGAAAUGGGAUUGUUACCAGCUUACCAUAAGGUUGAUGAUGUUGUUAAUGUUUGGUGUAAAUAUAUUGAAUUUGAAUUAAAAUAUUUUGGUUACGAAGAAGGAAUAAAACUACUUAAAAGAGCAACUAAAAGGCCAUUUAAAAGGGUAGAUUAUUUUGAUGAAAGUAUUUCAGUACAAGAACGUGUUCAUUUAUCACUUAAAAUUUGGUCUUGUUAUGCAGAUCUUGAGGAAGUAUAUGGGACAAUUGAGAGUACUAAAAGAGUAUAUAAUGAAAUUAUAGAUUUAAAAAUUGCCACACCACAGAUUAUUAUCAAUUUUGCCUCAUUUUUAGAAGAAAAUAACUUUUUUGAGGAAUCAUUUAGAGUUUAUGAGAAGGGAGUUGAAUUGUUUAAAUGGCCAAAUGUUUAUGAUGUUUGGAAGACAUAUCUUCAUAAAUUUUAUUCAAGAUAUCAAGAAAAUAUAUCCCCAAAAUAUGCAAAAGGAAUAUUUGUAUUAUAUGCUAAUUUUGAGGAAAAAUAUGGAUCUGAUAAACGGAUGGAAGAUGUAUUUGAGAGGGCUGUUAAAGCAGUUGAAAAAGAAGAUAUGAGAAGUAUGUUUAAUAUUUAUAUAAAUAAAGUUCAACGUUCAUCAUAUUCAAAAGUACGUGAAAUAUAUGAAAAAGCAAUAUCAGUUUUACCGGAGAAUGAUUGUAGAAUUAUGUGUUUAGAUUUUAUUAAAUAUGAAUUAAAAUUAUCUGAAAUUGAUAGAGCUCGUGCUAUAUAUUUAUAUUGUGCAGAGUUUACUGAUCCACAAUUACAUAAACAUUUCUAUGAUGAAUGGCAACAAUUUGAAGUUAAUCAUGGUAAUCGUGAUACUGCUACAUUAAUGAUUAGGAAAAAGAGAGAAAUUGAAGCUAAGUUUAAUAGUAAUUCAAGUUAUCGACAUGCACAAAUGAUUGCCGCAGCUAAUGCUAUAAGGAGAAAAGAUGGUGUUUCAUCAGAUGCUAUGUCUGCUGUUGAGGCACAAAUACAAAGUGAAGCUGCUAAUGAGAUUCAAAAUACAAUAUCAGGAAGAAAUACAACCACAAAUGAUGGAAUUAUGUUUGUUAGAGGUAGUGAUAAUAAACAAGUUGAGGAUAGUACUACUGAAAAUCCAGAUGAAAUAAAUAUUGAUGAUGAAGAGUGA